GGCAGAGCAGACAACCACGACCUCAAGACCACCGACCUCUUUGAUGUCUCCCAUGUCACCGCCCUGGUCACCGGCGGCGCAACCGGCAUCGGCCUGAUGAUCACCCAAGCGCUCGUCGCUAAUGGUGCUAAAGUGUGGAUCACCGGUCGACGAGAAGAGACGUUGGACAAGACGGUGGAGAAAUACAAUACUGGAGCGGGUAGCUUGCAGAGCAUCACGGGUGAUGUCAGCACCAAAGAGGGUUGUUUGAAGCUCGCAGAGGAGAUGAAGGAGAAGGAGCCCAAAGGAAUUCAGCUAUUGGUCAACAACGCUGGUAUUGCAAGAGACGAUGACACGAAAUUCUCAAGCAAUGGAGAGCCGGACAUGAGCUCGGCAGAGGCGAUAUCGAAACACUUUCUUCGCUCAGACGGGCAGCAGUGGACGGACACGUUCACGACGAACGUGGCAGCGCAGUUCUUCAUGAGCAUGGCCUUUCUUCCUCUUCUGGCCACGGGUGGCCAGGUGACCCCUGGCUACUCAUCUUCGGUCGUCAAUGUCUCAAGUAUCUCAGGAGCGAUGAAAGGAUCUAGCAUGGGGCAGUUCUCCUACGCUAGCUCGAAGGCCGCUUCCACUCAUUUGAGCCGCAUGCUGGCCACCACUUUCAAAGACGUGAAGGUCAGAGUCAACGUUAUUGCUCCAGGAGUGUUUCCAAGCGAGAUGACGGCCGGUGAGAGUGGCGAGGACAACAAGUCUGAGUUGGACAUGAGAUCGUACAACCCUGCUGGCCGCAAAGGAAUGGACACCGACAUGGCCGCCACAAUAUUGUUCCUCGCUGGCAAAGGCGGGGUGUUUUACAACGAACAAAUUCUUUACCCUGACGGAGGUAUGCAUUGUCAACUUUGCCGCACCGACUCGCACUGA